AUGGAGUGGCUCGGACGAGCCAUCAUAGACUUCACAACCACGCCCAAGUCUCUCAAUAUAAAGAAGAAGGAUGGUAAAGCGACAGACCUGCUCGAAAUAUGCAAGUCCGCCGUGCCGCCGUGCCAGCUGAACCCGCUGCUCUUCAACGGACACGCGCAGACCAUGUGGACGGCCGCCAAGGCCCACGGCCCGCCGGUGCACUACAAGCGCAAGAUCUUCGAGGCGGACCACGCCGAGUUCAACGGCAGCUAUGCCGUGGACUUCGCCGUGACGGACCCUGCUGAUGUGGAGAGGGAAGAGGAGGCAGACCCGUCCCUGCCGCCGCGGACGGUGAACUUCACCGAGGCGGAACUCGCGAAGAUGGGCUCGGAUGACUCUCGGCCUAUGCUGGUUAUUCUGCACGGCUUGUCGGGUGGCUCGCACGAAGUGUACCUCCGCUUUGCCAUCGCUCCGCUCAUCGAGAGCGGGAAGUGGGAGGCGUGUGUGGUCAUCUCCAGGGGCUGCGCGCACAGCAAGAUCACCACGGGGUUGCUCUACAACGCGCGUGCUACAUGGGAUGUUAGACAAACCAUCAAAUGGCUUAAAAAGACAUAUCCCAACCGUCCAUUGUUCGGCUUAGGCUUCUCACUAGGGGCUUGUAUUCUCACAAACUAUCUCGGCGAGGAAGGUUCCGCCACUCCGCUCAAAGCCGCAGUCGUGGUCGCGAACCCAUGGGCGCUUCACAUCUCCUCCAAGAUGCUGCAAAGUUCAUUCAUCGGCCAUCACGUCUACCAGCGAGUUCUCGGCACAUCCAUGCGCGCCCUCGCCACGCGGCACAAAGCCGAGCUCGAACAGCACACCAACAUCGACACCGCGCACCUCCUAAGCCGCAAAUACCUGUACGAGUUCGACCGCGCGUACCAGUGCCCCACCUGGGGGUACCCGACCGAGGAAGCCUACUACCGGGACGCGUCGAGCUCCGACUCGCUGCUGGCGGUGCGGGUGCCGCUGCUGGCGCUGAACGCGGUCGACGACCCCAUCGCGUCAUGGCUCAGCCUGCCGUACGCCGAGGCCGCGACGAACCCGUACACGGUGCUGUGCACGACGUCGCUGGGCGGGCAUCUGGGUUGGUUUGAGAUUGGGGGGGGGCGGUGGCAUGGGAAGCCUGUAUGUAACUUCCUCAACCACAUGGCCUUCGAGGUCGAUCUCGACAGCAUCCACAACGAGGUCAACGGGAAGCGAACUUCCGGAAACCCCGAGAACGGGACGAAUUUCGAUCCCCUGCGACGAAAGAUGCACGUGAACCUCAACCAAUAA